GUGGCAGGGCGGGCGGUGGCGCUGUGCAAGUUGGGCAGUUGGAGGGGAUGCGCUAAGCCGACGGGACGGGCGGGCUGAGCCCGUGGAGUUACAGUGUGGAGCCGGGAGUGCAUGGGCGCGCUGGGACCGGAGAGCAGAGCUGAGAGACCCGCAGAGAGCUGGACUCCAGCCGACGGGGCCCCGAGGAGCUAAUCCGGGGCGAGGCGCGGGGGGCCCCGGCUCGGAGGGACUAGCGCGUGGGGGAGAGGGGCGGAUUUCUCCGCGGGACCAGCCCGGCAGCAGUGCCCGUCUGGGGGAGCCGUAGCAGCUGCGCGGGGGGCCCUGGAUGCGGGCGGAGUGAGCCCUGCUGCCGGGGGACUCCAGCCCCGGGAGAUGGGAGCGUGAAACCGGCUGAGAACCAGGGCAGCGGCCGGCUGGAUUUACAGCACCGGGAGGAUUAGCGGCUCCCCGGCCCCGGCGCCCCCGGGCGAGGGGGAAGAUGGCCCUGCCGGAGGGGCGCCCCAGUCUCUGCAAGUGGCUCCUGGGCGUCCUGCUUGCCAUGUGCCGGCUCGCGGCGCCGCUGGCCAAGAACCUGGAGCCGGUGUCCUGGAGCUCGGCCAACUCCAAAUUCGUGGCUGGUAAAGGGCUGGUCAUCUACCCGGAGAUCGGGGACAAACUGGACAUUAUCUGUCCCAAGGCGGAGCUUUCCAGACCUUAUGAAUACUACAAGCUGUACCUGGUGAAGCGGGAGCAGGCAGAGUCCUGCAGCACUGUCAUGGAUCCCAAUGUUCUGGUGACUUGCAACCGGCCAGAGAAGGAGAUCCGCUUCACCAUCAAGUUCCAGGAGUUCAGCCCCAACUACAUGGGCCUGGAGUUCCAGAGGCAGCAGGACUACUUCAUCACAUCCACGUCCAAUGGGACUCUGGAAGGCCUGGAGAAUAGAGAAGGUGGAGUCUGCCAGACACGCUCUAUGAAGAUUGUCAUGAAAGUGGGGCAGGAUCCAAAUGCUGUGAUCCCAGAGCAGCUCACAACCAGUCGGCCCAGCAAGGAAUCUGACAAUACAGUGAAAAUAGCCACACAGAGUCCACGCCACAAGGUCCCUGUGGUGGAGGAUCCUGGGAAGCCAGGCUCCGUUAACCAAGAUGGGCAGAACACCCAAGGUAGCAGUGAUGGAUUUUUCAGCUCUAAGGUGGCAGUAUUUGCUGCAAUUGGUGCUGGCUGUGUCAUCUUCAUCCUCAUCAUCAUCUUCCUUGUUGUCCUCCUGAUCAAGAUCCGCAAGCGGCACCGGAAGCACACCCAGCAGCGGGCAGCAGCCUUGUCCCUUAGCACCUUGGCCAGUCCCAAGUGCAGCGGUAAUGCAGGUUCAGAACCCAGCGAUAUCAUCAUCCCUUUACGGACUACAGAAAAUAACUACUGCCCUCACUAUGAGAAGGUGAGCGGGGACUAUGGGCACCCCGUCUACAUUGUCCAGGAGAUGCCCCCUCAGAGCCCAGCCAACAUCUACUACAAGGUCUGAGGAGCAGUCUCGGCAACCUACCAAUGCAAGAGCACUAGAGAGCUGAGGGCCCUGGGGGCAGCCGCUGGCUCUCCCCGCUAGUGUGCUCGCUCUGUGAGGGAGGAAGUGAAAUGGACCCCAUGGCAAGACCAGGGGAGCGCAAGGGUCUCGCACCAGAUAGUGGAUCGCUCGCACGCUCUCGCUCUGUUUUCCCCUUUGUAUUUAGUUUUGUAGUUCUCAGCUUUUGUAAUCCCAAGACUCGAGGGUGGGCCUUCAGCAUCCUCUUCCUGCUUCAGACUGCAUCCUGACUCUAGACGCAUCUAGCCGUGAUAUGGCCCUAGCUGCGCACAGCAGCCAUUGUGUGUGGGCGCUGUGCCUUUCCUCACUCUGAUGCCCCUGGUGAUACCACAAAACUCUGCCCCCUCUUGUUUUGGAGAUGUCCCUUUCAGCUUUUCUAUCUAUAUUAUGUUAAGAAUUCUUAUGUUUGGGGCUGUGCCGGUUGUUGCUUUGGUCCAGGAUUGUCCAAGGAGUCGGAUUAACUUGUGAGCCCUAGAGAAGAACCUCCACUCACCUGAGGAAUGAGCAGCUUGUGGCAGCACUUUGCGUAGGCGUGCCAAGGACGUAGACCCUAUGCAGGGAGGAGGCUGACAAACCCAACCUACUAUUAUUAUUAUAAUUAUUUUUUAACUUUUGUAAUGUUUUUAUUUUUGUGAAAUAUUGGUGGGAUUCUGAGCCACCAACUGCAGCCUUCUGGCAUGCUCUUCUCCCUCUGCCAUGCCAAUCCCCUGGCCAUGCUCUGCCAGAACACGAACUCUUACCUUCUGCUGUCCUUGCCAUUUUAAACUUUUGUGUUCGGUGUGCAGCAGUCGACUCUUGUUUAUCUGCUUAAAUGGGGCGGGAAGAAGAGGAAAAAUAUAACUCAAAUGUUCAGUGCGUGAGAGAAUCCAGGGCUGUACCCCAUGCCACCCAGAGCCAGGAGCCUCCUCCCCUUCCACAAGACAGUAACCUUUGUGGGAACUCCUCCAAAGUUGUGUCUUCCUCAUAGCGUGUCCCUCUCCCGAUCUCAUUUCCUAGGACAGAGGCUGAGCUAUUUUCUCCAACAUCAGGGAGAGGGCAGUAGGACAGCAUUCACUGAUAGCCUCAGUCAGGCUGGAUCUGGGACUGGGCUGAGAGAAAAGGGUGGGAGCAUUCUGUAACUUAGUCACAGGCUUCAUUCUUGGCUCUGUCAUUUCAGCAGAUCCUGAAGCCGGUUUGUUCUUUGGGUUCAGGCCACAGAGCUUCCAUUUGGACAGGAAACGAAGUGAGUCAUGCCUGCUCUGAAGCCCGUACUUGAUACAUUCUCAGGAGGCUAGAGCAAGUGUGAAGAGAGCAGGAGAAGGUGGCUAGGAGGAAGAGAAAGCAAACUGCAUCGAUAUUGGGAGUGGGCAGAUAUUCACUGACCACAGCAGUUAGGCUGUUCUGGGGAGGUUGGUAUUCUGAGUAAGCUCAUAGGCCGUUUAGGCCCCCAUGUACCCCAGAAGCCUCACCCCUUCCACAGAGAGCAGCUGGGCCUCUUCUCCUGCUGACCCUCUUGUUUCUAGAACUCUUACACAUUUCCCUAGUGACUGCCAGGUAUGAGGCUUGUUUUAACCAUUGUACUGUCACCCUGGCUGGUCAUGCUCUUUGUGCAGGCCCUUCGGGAGGUGAAGGCAGAGACUUGCUAAGUUUCUUGCUGUGGCACAUCCAGGACCGGCGCUAGGGUUUUGAGCGCCCUAGGCAGACGGCAGUUUCACUGCCCCGCGCGCUG